AUGAUGUCAAUUCUUUAUUUCUUAGUUAUAUUACUUAUUUAUUUGAUUUUGUUUAUUUGUUUAUUCAUUUGUUAUUUCUUUAAUUUUACAUACUUUAUACAUCAUCUUUUAUAUUCUUCCUUUUUUUGUUUAUUUAUUUAUUAUAAUCUUUACUACUUUCUUUCUGUUAUAUUCUUUCAUUUAUUAUUUCUCUCUCUUUUAUUAUUUCAGUUAUUCAUUCUUUCACAUUUAUUCUUACAUGUAUUCUUUCUUUCUAUUUUUCUAAUUACCUCCUUUAUGACAUACUUCUUUCAUUAUUCAUUAUUCAUUAUUCUUUCAUUUUCUUUCUUUCUUUUUGAUAGACUUUUUACUUUAUUAUAUUCCUUAUUUAUUUCUCUUUACUACUUUCUUUCUUUUAUAUUCUUUCAUUUAUUCUUCCUCUCUCUUUUAUUAAUUCAUUUUUCUCUUUUAUUAAUUCAUUUAUUCAUUCUUCUUUUACAUUUAUUCUUUCUUUCUAAUUUUCUAAUUACCUCAUUUAUGACAUACUUCUUUCGUUAUUCAUUAUGUACAUUUAUUAUUUCUUUAUUUUAUUUCGUUUUUCUUUCUAACAUAAAUUUUACUUUGUUAUAUUUCAUUUUUCUUUUCCUUUCUUUGUUAGCUUUCUUUCUUUCUUUGUCUUAUUUCAUACUUUCUUUUUUUUUAUUCUUUCAUUUAUUUUUCGUUUGCUUUUUUUCUUUCUUUCUUUUUUUCUUUGUGCAUUAG